UACCUAGCCUCUACACCCGGGUGUUCAGCAAGGUGCUGAAGGGGCAGUAGGCAUGGUCGAGGGCAGGCAGCGCAGCAGACACCAGGUCGAGGACCGCGCGUGUAGGUCCAGUCGCCGCGGGAUCCCGGGCCUGGCGUCUGUGGUUACCGCACGCACGCACGUACGCACGCACACUGCGCCCAGAAUGAGGGUCGCGGCCCUGAUCAGUGGUGGGAAGGACAGCUGUUACAACAUGAUGCAGUGCAUUGCUGAGGGGCAUCAAAUUGUUGCAUUAGCAAAUCUAAGACCAGAUGAAAACCAAGUGGAGUCAGAUGAACUGGAUAGCUAUAUGUAUCAGACAGUGGGUCACCAUGCCAUUGACUUGUAUGCUGAAGCAAUGGCGCUGCCCCUGUAUCGCAGAGCCAUCAGAGGAAGGAGCUUGGAGACAGGAAGAGUUUAUACGCAAUGUGAAGGUGACGAGGUUGAAGAUCUCUAUGAACUGUUGAAACUUGUUAAGGUCCAGGCUAGAGGAGAGAGGUCCCAGCCCCGUCGGGGUCUCUCCAACGCCGAGCAGUGUCGAUGGCCCAAAAGAAACAUACCCUGGCCAGGAGUCUGUCAAAGCAGAAACUCAAUCAACUUUAUGGCAUAAGCCCCUCGCUUAUAUAAGUUCGGAACAUAGGGAGGGGAAUUUUUGGUGGAAUAAGUUGACAUAGGAGGCUGAGAAGGGUGACUGAGUGUAUGGAGUGACUGACAGGGCCAAUUGCAAAGUUCUACAUCAGCAAAGGCGUGCAAAGGCAGGGCCAAACAGGUCUUGCCGAGUCACCCCAACACAGAAGUGACUUAAGACAGGUCUCAAAACUUGAACCAGGCUUAGGCACUCCCACAAGGCUACAGAAACUUGAGCCAGGCUCGGGUUUGUCCUCAAGGUCCAAACCAAAGCCAAAUAGGGCCCAAUAGAAAGUAGAUUUCUUUGUCAUACAGAUCAUAAUUCUUGUAUCCCCUUCCUCAAAUCCUCCCAUAUAGUCCCUACUUCCGUACUCACACAGUCCACAUCCUUUCUCUCUUAUUAAAAUACAGACAUCUAAAAUAAUAAUAACAACAGUAAAUAAAAUAAGAUGAAAUUAAAACCAAACCAGAAAAGGACAAAACAAACAAAUGAUCCAAAGAAAAAUCACCAGGGAUCAUCAGGGCUGGGCACUCAUAUAUUCUCGUUUAUUCAUUCUUUCUUUCUCUCUCUCUCUCUCUCUCUCUCUCUCUCUCUCUCUCUCUCUCUCAUAUGCGCGCGCACACACACACAUACACACACACACACACACACACACACACACAAUUCAUUUAAACAAAUCAUAAUAUUUAAACAAAAUAUAUAUAAGGUUAGAAACAAUGCCCAGACAAAUCGCUGUGAGAUUUUAAAAAAAAAAAAAAAAAACUACUGAGUUGGUCAUCUACUUCUGGGCUUGGGGCCUGCCUUUGAGUGUGAUUUGUAGAACCAUUGAGGCUGUUGGAGAAACCUAAAAUUUCCUUGUGAAUAGUUAUCAAUUGGAGAUCGUUUCAGGGUUAGGGAUGAGAGCUUGUUUCUGCUUACUCUCUCAGCAGUGGGACCUCAUCCAUCUUAGACCUGUGCCAGCCCUGUGCGUGAUUCUACAUAUGGCUAUAUGGGUUUUCCAGCACUAUUUCUUGAAGAUGCUGUCUUUUCUUCACUAUGUAUUUCGGGCCUCUUUGUCAAAAACAAAACAAAAUACAAAAACAAACAAAAAACAAAAACCUGCUGGCUGUAGGAGCAUGGAUCCUCAACCUUUUUCAUUGACCAGCAAGUCUGUUCUUAUGCCAAGACCAUGCUGAUUAUUACUGUGAUUCUCUACUAUAACUCCAAGUCAAGAAUUGUAAUGGCUCUAGCAGUGUUUUAUUGUUUAGGGUUGUACUGGCUGUCCUGAGUCUUCUGCAUUUCCAUAUAGAUUUUAAGGUUCUGUGUGUGUGCAUGUGUCUGUGUGUGUAAAGUUACAUUAGAGUUUUGAUGGGAAUUGUAUAGAAAGGGAGUGGGUCCAGAUAGGAGGGAAAUAGGAGAGGACAGGAAGGAGUAGAGAGAGGGGGAAAUGUAAUCUGGAUAGAUUAUGUCAGGAAAAACUCCAUUUUUAAUAAAAGGAAAAAUAUGAAGAAGAUAAAACCAAAGUUUACAUGUUUCAGUGUUCAUUAACUCACCUUGAAUUCAUCAUCACACUAUAUUUCAAGUACUGUGUUUCUCAGUAUCACCAUGCAGUCAUUCCAGCAUCACUUCAGGGAAACUGCGUCAUCUUCAAAGAAAUGUUCAAAAUGCCUGGGUCUUACCUCAGUCAGAGUAACUCAUAAAGGGAAUUAAAACUGUUGGUGAGACUGCACACAAAAGGGACUCCUUAUACCCUGUAGGUAGGGUUUGAAACUCCUACAGCCACUAUGGAGGUUACAUAGGUGGUUCCUCAACGCAUUUAUAAUAAACUACCUUAACCUGUCAACAAAAAAAUGCCUUGGCCUCAAAGAGGAAAAACACCUACAGCUCUACCCUUCUUUUCAGUCAGAUAACGUAGAGUUUGAGUUGAACUCACAAAGAAGAUGGGGAAGCAAAAGUAAAAUAAUGCAUUGUUGGGUUUAAAUGGAAGGAACUGACAAAUCAUUUUCAUCUUCUGUAACUUCUUAUCAUUUAAUUUUCAGCCAUAACAACAUUUUCCCUUAUUUAAUUGUGAAAUCUCACGAAAGGGGAUGGUAAUGCUGCAAAUUAAUGAUCUAAUAUUCUGUCUUGAGAUCAGUGUUUAAUGGGACAAGCCAGAUGGUGAUCGCUUUCCAUUUUAGAAUGUUGCUAUUGAUCGUGCAAAAAAGUAACAAUAAUUUUUAACUUAAUAAAUAUAUUAGUGAUCUUAUAUUCUAAGUGCCACAUACAGACGUAUUUCAUUUAAAUGGUAUGUUUCUCUAGUUACCUUUAUUUGUCUAGAUUAAAUGAAGAAUUAGCAGUUUAAAGAAAAAGUAUAUGGUACUUACCUAGCCAUAUUAAUAUCUAGUUUAGUUAUGCAGGGUGCAGAACAUCAUUGACAUUCAUAAUGGUUUCUUGCUCAAUAAUGCUAUGCUGCCAGAAGGCCAAAUAUUGCCACUUAGAGGCUAAUGCAAGAGUAUGUCUUUGAGGAAUGAUUCAUAUUUAAAAUGUUAGAAUGCCUUUUUGAUGAAAAACAUUUUAAAUUCAGCAGAUCAUUUUUUUUCUCAACAGGCAAGAACUCAUUAACAGAGCAAUACUGGUAAUAGGCAUUUCUCAAAAAAAAAAAUCUCUGAUAAAUGCAAGAUGCAUAUCUUCUCAUCAGUAGAAUAAAUAGGCCUCAUUUUCAUUUAUAAAAAAAGUACAGCUUGUUUCCAAUCUGGGGGUUUCAUGAGCCAAAUAUUCAACACUGAGAGAAGUGAAUAAUAUUAAUGAAUAAAAUCUUAACUUGGUUCUAGUUUUCUACCUUUAAACCUGCCUAGAACCUCAGCAUAAGAUUAUCACUACUUCUGUAUGACCGCCUGCCUUCAUCAUUGUCUUUUCUGACUAGAGCUUUGUGUAUGAAUAAGGACACACAGCAUUAGCUACAUAUCACAGAACAACUUCUAGCCUUGAGUGUAAAUCUUCUUGGUGCACUAUUUGUAAGAAUAUUUAACAAUCUUUGAGGACUAGGUCAUAAACUCAAAUGAAUACAUCCAUGUUUAUAUUUCUCUCCAUGCUUAAAAUAGCAUGGCAGAGUCUAUCAUUUGCUUAAUAUGGAAGGCUUAGCAGCAGCUACCAAUGAAGUCUAACAAUUGUUCCUGUUCAGAUUUGUUAGCAGAUUAGUUAUUUAUACUUUUACAGUCUGCGUUUAAAAAAUUCUGUGGGGUCGUGUGUGUGUGUGUGUGUGUGUGUGUGUGUGUGUGUGUGUGUGUGUGUGUGAAGGAAGACAGUUAAACAGUAGACAAUUCUAAAUGCCUAGAUUUGGAGAACAUGCCUGUAAUCCCAGUACCUUGGAGAUGGAGGAGCAGGAGGAGGGCAAGAACAGCCUGAGAUGCAUGGCCCCUUGCACAAGGCACCAGAAUUAGAUAAAUAAGUAGUUCGUGAUGUCACUCUCCAUCAGUAUUUCCCUUCUGUAUAGUUCACUGGGCUCUACUUAGACAUGUCACAGUAUAUUAGAGUCUCCUAUAUUUAUCACCACAAAAUUUUAAUUUCCCAAGGAUACCCACUGUGUUGUUUUUAAGUGAUUUUUUUAAAAUAUAAUAUAGGACAUACUAGAACUUUUUAAAUUGGUAUUUGGUAAACAAUGAAUAAUUUUGCUUCCCAAUUGCCAGGACAUAAAUGUGUGUUGUGUGUGCGUGUGCAGUGUGUGUGUGUGUGUGUGUGUGUGUGUGUGUGUGCGCGCGCGCGUGCGUGCGUGCGUGCGUGCAUGCAUUUUGAGUAAUUUCCCCACUGAUUAGGAAAACAAUAAUAUGAUGUUUGAGGAAGUAUAAAAUUUGAAAUAAAAACAGCAAAAACAAAAUGCUCCUAUUGGGGAAUAAUUAUUAUUUAUUUCUUAUGAUCUAUUUCUGUUUCUUUUUCUGUGGCUAUAGAUUUUUUAAUGCAUGCAUUUUUAUUUGAUGUAUAUUUCCUUCAGCUAAUUUUCUAUCAUAAAUAGUUUCAUGUCUUUAUAUCCUUGAAAAAUAUGUUUUCCAUGACUGUUUUAUUUUUCUCUUCAUAAUAUUCUAUGAUUCAUUCAACUAUUUCUAUUAUUUGGGAUUUUAGAAUUUUCCAGGUUUUGUUCAAAUUAUAGGUAUAAUAUAAAUUUGAUGGCUAUCCUCACCUGUAACUUGUUUAUAGUUACUUUGACAGACUAUAAUUUCUUAUACAAUGUUUGUGAGCCCAGGAUGAUAUACACUGUGAAGUUAUCCUUCAGAAAGCAUGUAUAGCAACUAAUUUAGUAUGGCUAUCUGCAGUUAUGCUCUUCCCAUAUCCUCAUCCACUAUGAAUGUUAUUACAUUUUAAAACAUAAAUAUUCAUUUUAUAAAUUUAUCUAGUUUUAACCUGUAUUUAUUUAUUAUUGAGUCUUGACAUCAUUUGUAUGUAUUCUCUUAAAAAUUGCAUAUUGUUAUAAUUUUGUCAUUUUUCCUACUAUGCCUCACUGACUUAAAACAAAGAUUUUCAUUGCUGUCAUAUAUGUUACAAAGUAUUAUUUUCUUAGUUGUGUUUUAUGUGGUAGUGAGAGUACAGAAACACUGUAAAAUUUCAUGGUCAACUUUGUUAAAGUAUAGACAUUUACUGAGUUAUGCUUUAUGUAGACUUUUCUAGAACAAAAGCCACAGUAAGACUUUUUCAGAGAACUGCAGACGAACAUGUAAGAGGCAGAUCUUAAAAAGGUGGUGUUUAGUUUCUGGUCCUAUUAAAAAGAAAGUGGUCUGGGAUGCAAAGUGGUGACACGCAGAAGACCAGGUGGAAAAGUCAGAGAUGGUCUUAGGUGCUCCAGCAGGGGUCAGCGGGGCGAAGCAGGAUGCAGUGUACACUGCUGAGGUCACAAAGAUGGGCACCUGUAUCAAGAAUUACUAGUCAUGCCCAGCUGAAAGCCUUAGGGACUACAGUAUGAACCCACUGGGCAAGAUGUGCUUACUGAUAGAGCAGCAGACUGUACGCCUUACAAACAAACAAGUGCUCUUUGAUUGCCAUUGAGUCUGGUCCAUAAGAAAAAAAUCAUUUCUUGUCCUAUUGACCCAAUUAAAAACUCAUGGCAGAUGAGAUCAUAGAUGUGUGAUGCAAAAAGAGCAACAUGGGAGAAGGGGACAAGAGGAAUGUAAUAAUCAGAAGCAGGGGGAUGUGAAAUGCACAAUGCAGUGAUGAUCUCACAGCAGCUACAGCUGUCACCAGCAGGCUUGCACAAAACUGCAUGCAUCAACAGUCAAGUUUAGAAUGAGGAGAGGCCCAUGGUUUUGUCUUCAUUGUUGAUUUAUCAUAUCUUGGGCUUUUUAUUCUCAGAUAAGAGCAGUUGUGGGUUAGAGAACAGAGCCUGGUUGGGCGUGGUGGCA